UGAUCUGCUGGGCAGCACUUGGUACACAAGUUGUAACACAGUCACGGACAUGAAAAUGUGUAUUUGUGAGGGAGCUUUUGACAUGAAGCUUUACGCAGGAAUGGGAAGUGUCUGGGUUACAGGAUUUGUGGCGUUGACUGUUCUUCAGAUGGCAGUUGUGUCGACUGCAGAAGAGUCAUCAUGUAGACCUGGAUUUGAGUCAGAAUCGUUGAUAUUCAAAGUGAACAGAAAGCAUCUGAAGCCAGGCACAAGACUGGGCAAAGUUGGAUUCACUGACUGCACAGAACGUACACAGUUUUUCUUCAGCACAGAUGACAGUCGCUUUGAGUUGAAUUCUGAUGGACUAUUAACUGUUCAAAGAGGAGUUGAUCUUGUUGAAGGACAUCAAGACUUUUUUGUCCACUCCUGGGACUCGGAGGGCAACAAAAUGACUGUUCCUGUCAUGGUCCUGCAGCGUGGACAUCACCAUGUAAGCAGAGAUGCUGAGCAGCACCAUGGAGGCAACAGACACCAGAACCAUCACAACACUGGGCUGGAUUCUGCCAGUACCAAAGAGACGGCAGGACAUCCAGAUGAGGUCGUCCUUUAUUUUCCCAAGACGAAUAAAGGACUGAGGCGGAGGAAGAGAUCCUUACUUCCUAUAAAUCAUCAUGAGAAUUACAAUGGACCCUUUCCAUUUCGAAUAGUUCAAACUGCAGGACAUCCAGACGUAGCAGCCCUUUUUUUUCCCAAGUUGAGACAUAGAUUGAGAAGAGGUAAUGCAUGCAUCCCUCCUAUCAAUCAUUAUGAGAAUCAAAAUGGACCCUUUCCAUAUAGAAUGGUUCAGAUUCGCACCAGUGAGGACAGAAUAAAGAAGAUCACCUACAGCAUCACGGGUCCAGGAGCUGAUGAAGAUCCUAAAGGAGUCUUUACAAUGGACAAAGACACCGGGGAACUCUAUGUUCAUCAGAGACUCGACAGAGAGAAACAAGCAUAUUAUACGCUGAUGGCCCACGUUACUGAAGCUGGGUCGGGGGAAGAAAAGGAUCCCUUGGAAAUUACCAUCAAUGUAAUUGAUAUGAAUGACAACAUACCUAUUUUUGAACAGACAUCCUAUGUGGGAGAAGUAGCUGAAUCCUCGCCAAGAGGGACUACAGUGGUUCAGGUUAUAGCCACUGAUGCUGAUGAGCCAGGAAAUGACAACUCGAUUAUCAAAUACACUAUUCUGAGCCAGGAACCAAAGCUGCCCAAUGACAAGAUGUUUGCCAUUAACACCUUCAAUGGAGCCAUCAUGGUUGAAGAUGCUGGUUUGGACAGAGAGACGUAUCCUGAGUACACUCUGGAAAUACAGGCAGCAGAUCUGAGAGGAGAAGGAUUUACUGGAAAAACAAAAGUAGUUUUGAAAGUGACCGACAGCAACGACAACGCUCCAGUCUUUACUGAAUCUACUUAUCAGGGAUCAGUUGAUGAAAACGCAGUGGGGGUUCAGAUUGUUAAAUUGUCAGUAACUGAUAAAGAUGAACAGAACACCCCAGCAUGGAACGCCAAGUUCAAGAUUAUCAGUGGAGAUCCUGAGAAGUUGUUUUCCAUAGAAACAGGAUCCAACAAACACGAAGGAAUCAUCAAAACUGCUCAGGGACUGGACUUUGAGAAAAGCAGAACACACACUCUAUCUGUUAUUGUGGAGAACGACGUUCCUUUUGCCGUUGAAGUGACCACCUCCACCGCCACAGUGGUGGUAACCGUGAAGGACGUCAACGAGCCUCCAGUCUUUAAAGAUCAGCAGAUGUUUGUUCAAAAGCCUGAGGACCUUCCUGUGAACAGUGUGAUCACAAACUGUGAGGCAAAAUACCCAGACUUUGCACGUGAAAACACUGUCAAGUAUAAAAUAGGUAGUGACCCAGCAGGCUGGCUGAACGUUGACGAGAAUACAGGCCAGGUGACGGUGAAGAGACUCAUGGACAGAGAGUCUGCUUUUGUGAAGAACGACACAUACACAGCACUCAUCAUUGCUUAUGAGGACGGUGUAGUCCCAGCCACAGGAACUGGAACCCUGUCCAUUACACUUGAAGACGUCAAUGAUAACCCUCCAUUCAUCGAGGAGCGUAACAUUACGGUUUGCAGAGAUGACUCAACUCCUGUGCUGUUGACUGUAGCAGACAAAGAUGGACCGCGUCAUUCUGCUCCAUACAACGUGAUGGUCCAUGAAAUAUCCAAACCCAACUGGAGCGUUCAGAUGAACAGAGACAAAACUGGAGUUGAACUGGUUUUAAAUUCCAAGGUGUUGAGUGGAACUUUCCCAGUCAUCCUGAGCGUUUCAGACACUGAUGGUUUGGAGCAGGACUACUCCAUACAAGCUGAAGUGUGCAACUGUGUGGAAAACGAAAGAGUCUGUGCUCCACUGAGGAACAGUUUGGGCGCCGUCCAGGGUGUAGUUGGAGGAAUCCUUCUGUUAUCUGUGGUUCUGGCCGUGCUGUUUUUUUACAUGCGGAGAAGAAAGAAGCCACACAAGGAACAACGCCUACAAAGCAUUGGAUGGAGAAGACAACCAUAUAAUCCUUUGCUGGACUAACUUUUGGUCCAAUUGUACGUCCUAGCAAUGUCUAUAGUGUUUUGCUUUUUAUGUCAUCCUCUCACUCCAAUCCCGAGCUAUUGACUGCUUGAUCCUCUUUGUGUUUGCUUUUUUUGUAAAUCUUUUUUGGGCACUGUGGUGUUUUUGGUGCAUACUCAUUUUCAAAGUGUCGUAUAAAAAUUAAAAUUUUCUCUUUUUUUGGAGGAGGGGGUUUAUGAAAUAAUCUUUAAUUCAUUUCAUAAAAUACUUUGUGGCAUUUUGGAAAGAAAUCAAGGUCAGACAAACCAUUACAGUGAGCUGCAAAGCUACUGACCAAAAUAUUUUAUGAAAUAUGUUUUCUGUUUUGCCUUGUAAACUUUUUAAAGUUUUAUUGGUGACAAGCAAUGACACAAACUUGUUGUGGUGCAGACAUAGUUGCAAAG